AUGGGUAAAUUUAAUAGCAGUAGAGAUUAUCUUCCGCAUGGGGAAAAUAACUCGAAAUGUGCCGUAGGGCAGAAAACGAAUGAUGAUCAAACGUUGGUGUUAAAUGAGCCAUUGAUAAGGUCAACACUUUCAAGUAACAGAAUAAAAAAAACACCAUGGUCCAAGUCCCAUUUCGAAGACAACCACAGUAUGAGUGAAGAACAAACCCCAUUUCGAAGCAGUGAAAAGCACACACGGCUGCGAUGUGCAAGUUAUCUGCACGAUAAGGUGCACGUUACAGACGGAGCUGGUCUCUCAAGUAAAAACACAAGUAUGACAAAUAGCAUAGCUUCGGCGGAUUCUUAUAAAGCAGAUGAUUCGUGCGAAAAAUUUUUUCAAAUAAGUAGAGAAGCAAAACAGGAACUAUCCGAACAUGUAAAUAAAUUAUUAAACCAUGCGAAUGAGUCGGAUCGGUUCGAGACCCCAACGAAAAAUAAUAUCGAAGCAGACCAACGCUGCGAUCAGAUUAGCAAAAAAAGGAACAACCCCAAAUGGUCAAAAAAAAAAAGCAAAAAGAAGAAAACAGCCACAUAUGAUCAAGAUGAUGUGUAUGAGAAUUUCACAAAAUUGAAAACAUUAUACGAUGGGGCAAGUGAAGCCACUUCAUAUUUUAUGACGAACGUAUUAAAUAAAAAGAUAAACAUGGAAAAGAAUAUCGUGAGGUAUGAUGAUGUGUUGUCUAAACAUAGUGAGACCUUCUUUAAAAGAUUUGAGCUUUUCGAGCAAGAGGAAGAGUCCAUGGAUGAGGCAGAAACAGGGAUCGGUCUCGUGGAUAACAUAUGUGAGUACUUCACCUACGUGAUGUUCUUAACGUUGACCACGUGA